AUGAGUCGCUUUCCCUCGAUCCUUGCGCCGGCGCAAUCCGGCGCAGCGGGCGGACACCCUGCAUCGGUAUCCAAGAUUUCCGCGGCUGAAGGGUCGUACGGGAUGGCAUCGCCCGUAGGUUCGCCGCGGCUGAAACUUGCGCACCACCUCCCAGGCAAGAUUUCGCCGUACCGCGACUCCUCUACCCGUUUUCAAUCGCAUAUAGGCAGCCCUCGAACGAGCAGCCCGAGGAUUAGUGCGCUGACGCGGGAGGCAUCGAUGGGCACGUCGCAAUAUCCAACAUCCUCCUCGCGUCCUGCGUCACCGUCUGCCAUGUCAGGUACCGAGCGUUCAUUUUCACCAUCGCCCGCGGCUGGCCCACAGACUGCCGCGGCGCGGAUGAGCAGUCGUCUGCCACCGCCGCUGCGCCGCAGUUCUGACGCGGUGCCAAUGCAGCGGAGCAUGAGCACGGAAGCUGUUUUGUUUGACGAAGGCACCGCGCAUUCGCGCUCCAACUCUCCUGCUGUAGACGAUUUCCGUCUGCGCGGCAUGACGCAAAACAUGCUUGGCGCGCCUCAAAACAGGCUCCCCGAGGGCUAUGCAAACAGUCCGAAACGCGACGGGUACAAAUAUAACGUCCCUCCAAGCGCUUGGCGUUCCCCUGGCGUUGCUAGAGACGGCAUGCCUUGGGCGCAGGACGGACGCAACUCGCCAUUUGCCUCGAGCGCACUCCGCGGUGGCGGCGAGACGGGCGAAGAGGAGCGCAGCGAUGCAGAACAUGUGCUGGAGGGCGAAGAUGGCACGCGCAUUGCCGCACUCAAAGCGCUGGAUGAGCGGCGCGCGUCGACAUCUUCUUCGCCUGUGCCUCCGCCCGCGUAUCUCGGCGCCAUUCUGUCACCUCCGCCCGGUGCCGCUGCAUUUCCGCGCCCGAUGCGCGCCGGCGAGCGUUUAAACGAUGGGUACGGUGCCCAUGCCAUGUUCCGCUCCGCCACCUUUGGAGGCUCGCAGUCCUACCCGCACUCGCCGUUGCCUUAUGGCCGCGUGUACCGCCCUGCGGAGUGGAACGAGGGCUAUAGCACAGACGAUGUCGCUGCGUACGGCCCUGCCUACAUGUCUGGCCAAGCCGGAGGGGUGCGCAAAUCCAAGUAUGAAAGCGCCGAGCUGUACGGCGAAACCGCAUACAAUGCAGACGCCCCUGCCUAUGGAUAUCAAGGAUCUUAUGCACCGUACGGUGUGCGUGUGCCGAAAGGGUACAAGUACGCCAAUACAGCUCCGCGCGUUCGCCACCGCGACAUGGACAUCUCGGACGAGUCCGAAGCAAGCGAGAUAGAAAAAUCACGCGGCGUGCAACCUGACGAUGCGCGCCGCUACUCUGUGACUUCCAUCACGAUUCCCGUCACCGAGAGCGACUCGGGCGGCCCGAAACUGCAUGUAUGUGACGCGUGCAGCAAGACGUUUAGCAGACGCUCGGACCUGGCACGCCAUCGCCGCAUCCACACUGGCGAGCGCCCCUAUCCGUGUGACUUCCCCGGGUGCGGAAAAAGCUUCAUUCAGCGUUCUGCACUCACUGUCCAUUCCCGCGUGCACAGCGGAGAGCGGCCACACCAGUGCGAGUUUGAGGGGUGUGGGAAGAGUUUCUCGGAUAGCAGCUCAUUAGCGCGCCAUCGGCGGACACAUACCGGGCGGCGUCCUUAUGUAUGCGUGAUCCCUGCCUGCGGCAAGAUGUUUACGCGGCGCACGACACUGAAUCGGCACGUCCGCAGCCACCAGCUUCCGGCAAAAAAGACGGGCGAUGGGUACGUCGCACUCUCUACUUACCCAAGCCUGUACACACAUGACGAAAAUGCCGUGAGCGAUGAGGAGGCGUCCGAGGAAAGCAGCGAUGAACGUAGUUUGUAUGAGUAG